AUGUUUAACGGUCAACACCUAACCGCCUACUAUUAUAAUGUGUGUCCCGCCGAGGACCGGAAGCUGGCGGACAGAGGGGCAAGAGUGGGGAAUGAGGGGCAGAAAGGACCGAUGGGUGCGCUACGAAGUAAAAUUGGAAGCCAGAAAGAAACUCUGGACAUGUCAUCCCAGGCCGAUAGACUGACGGUAGAGGCUCUGGGGGAAGAUGGAUGGUAGGUACAAUGUAAGUAUGUACGUAUUGUAACGAACAGACCGCAGCCGAGCAUUGUUGACGGUUUCAAUAGCUGCGGAUAGAUCCGCAACACUGAUUGGAAGCCAACAGACCGGACAGCC